GCAGCUGUGUAGUAUUCGCUUUGUUCCUCAGACCUCCCACUCAGUGCACGCGGCUUUUAGCGUCUGCUUUACUUCUUUUGCUUCUUCUUUUUUUUUUUUUCUUUUAUCUUGUAUCUACAGCCUCCUUCUCGUUUUCUUCUUCGUCGGCUUCCUUGCAGCACACGUAAAUUAUUUCGAGACCAGGAUCUCUAGAAUAUACCUUCUUUAUCAAGUAGGUCAUCAUUCCUGCAUUGGAGAACUCUGCAUAAAGGUCCGUCAUGGUUCUCUCUGUGCUGCAAGGAUUCGGCAAGAAGCUGUUGCGUGUGAAAGCAGUGGAUUGCAGCAGCGAGGAGUCUCGGCUGUCACGAUGUCUCAACACGUUUGACUUGGUGGCGCUGGGUGUUGGCAGCACACUCGGCGCUGGUGUGUAUGUGCUGGCAGGUGCCGUAGCGCGGGAAAAUGCCGGUCCUGCCAUCGUGCUCUCGUUCCUGAUCGCUGCUCUGGCUUCCGUCAUGGCGGGUCUGUGUUAUGCCGAGUUUGGAGCACGGGUGCCAAGAACAGGCUCUGCGUAUCUGUACAGCUAUGUGACAGUGGGGGAGUUAUGGGCAUUCAUUACCGGCUGGAACCUCAUCCUGUCGUACGUCAUAGGGACAUCCAGCGUCGCCCGGGCAUGGAGCGCCACAUUCGAUGAGAUUAUAGGGCAACAAAUCGAGAUGUUCUGCAGGAGCCACAUGAGUAUAAAAGCCCCUGGGAUUUUAGCUGAGUAUCCAGACGUAUUCGCUGUGCUCAUCAUCAUAAUUCUAACUGGGUUGCUGGCGUUUGGAGUAAAAGAGUCUGCUAUGGUGAAUAAAGUGUUCACAUGUGUCAACGUGCUGGUGUUGCUGUUUGUCGUGAUCGCCGGUCUGAUCAAAGGAUCCCUUAAAAACUGGAGCCUGGACCCCGAAGACAUCCUGAACAGAAGCCUGAGCAGAAAUGAAACUACAUUUCCUUCACGAGAAAGUCUGGGAGAGGGGGGGUUUAUGCCCUUCGGCAUCAGCGGGGUUCUCUCAGGCGCUGCUACCUGCUUUUACGCGUUUGUUGGGUUUGACUGCAUUGCUACCACAGGAGAGGAGGUGAAGAACCCACAGAGGGCCAUCCCUAUCGGCAUUGUCGCCUCGCUGCUCAUCUGCUUCGUGGCCUAUUUCGGCGUGUCUGCUGCUCUUACCGUGAUGAUGCCUUAUUACUUGUUGGAUAAAAACAGCCCACUGCCUGCAGCCUUUAAAUACGUGGGCUGGGGUGGAGCCAAGUAUGCUGUGGCAGUCGGAUCACUCUGUGCCCUUUCCACCAGUCUACUAGGCUCCAUGUUUCCAAUGCCCAGAAUCAUAUGGGCCAUGGCUGAGGACGGGCUGCUCUUCAAGUUCCUGUCCAAGAUCAGUGACCGAUCCAAAACCCCUGUAAUAGCCACUAUAACUUCAGGCAUCGUGGCAGCUGUGAUGGCGUUCCUGUUUGACCUAAAGGAUCUUGUGGAUCUUAUGUCUAUUGGGACGCUGCUGGCGUACACUCUCGUGGCUGCCUGCGUCUUGGUUUUGAGGUACCAACCUGAGCAGCCCAGUGUGGAUGUACAGUAUCGGAUCGCCGGGUCUCAGGACGAUGCCGAACCUGACUCCAUUAGUGAGGGCAGUUCAAAUUACCUGACUAAAGCUCAGGAAGAGUUCACGUUCUGCAACCUGCUUUUCCCUAAAAAUACAGAGCCUUCACGUCUGUCUGGCUUUACCGUCAACAUCUGCACAAGUGUAAUAGGUGUGUUGGUGUGCAUUUUCUGUAUUGUAGCGGUUAAGGGUUCAUUUCAGAUUUGGUCUCUGGUUAUGUUGGGAGUCAUAGCUACAUUAUGUCUCCUCUUCAGUCUAGCCAUCUGGCGGCAGCCUGAGAGCAAAACCAAGCUAUCGUUUAAGGUUCCUCUACUCCCUUUCCUGCCUGUGCUGAGUAUGUUCAUUAAUGUCUACCUGAUGAUGCAGCUGGACAAAGGCACCUGGAUGCGUUUCGCCAUCUGGAUGGUAAUCGGUUUCGUCAUCUACUUCAGCUAUGGGAUCAAGAACAGUGCAGAGGCCAUGUUGGCCAGUAAUGGUACAGAAGACGAUAACUCCUUCGAUGCAGGUAAACCUGUGUCUGAAAUUAAUAGGCCUCCCACUCCAGAGAAAGAGGCGUUUCUCCACCAUCAUGUUAACGUAAACGAUGGUGAAGAUGACAGCGACUCCUGAGGAUGCUAUUAAGCCUUCUGGUUUUUAAGUUAUGGAAAAAGAAAAAGGAAAGUUUAGCGACUUCCAUCCUAAUAUUGACUUGAUGUCAGAGUCUCAGUGACCUAUUUAACAUGUUUUCCUGUUGCAGUACUGUGGCCUGAUCAUUUCAAACCUGGGAUGUGUAUUGAAUACAUUUUCCUCUGUACUCCUGAGUGCAGAAACAAAGGGUGCUAUAUUGUCUGCCAAAAACUUUUUUUAUCUUGCGUUGCCAAACUAUUUGCCUCGUUCAAGUCAGAACAUGUUUAGAAUUCUGCAUAUUGUGAAUUCUCUUAUGAGUUGCUUGUGAGGAGAUGCUGUAUGCACUAUGAGAAAACCCACUCUGGUUAUUACACCACCAAUAUUUUUCCCAUAGCAUUAAGUGUGAUUUUUGCACAACCUCAAAUGUGAAUGUUGUGGUAAAUACACCUCCAGGAGUUGUGCCAUGAAUUUAACCUACUUUUUCAUGUGGUCAGUCUGAUUUUUUUUUUUUUGCUUGUUUUUGCUCCUUCCUAUGAAAAGCAAAAGCAGAUAAGACUGAACAAAAUGGAAAGUAGGAAACUAUAGCGGGAAAAGCAUUAAUUGAGCAUUCUGGUAAAAGUUUAAGGUUAUAGGGUGGUGUUGUUCUGGAAUGUAUGUUUUUAAUGAUGGUAGGAGUUUUAGUGCCUUGCUAGAAGUUAUUUUUUUUUGAGAGAGAGUUUCAUGAUUUUUUUUUUUUCUCUUUUUUUCUGUACUAUAAUGUGAAGUUUUGGUUAAGGGUUUACUGUUUUAUUUAUGCUGCAUCCUACAACUAACUCAUUUGAGUCAUGUUGGAGUCUAGGGAUACUUAUAAGUAAACUUGUACAUUCAAUGCUUAAAUGUUUCA